GAGGAAUUGAGCUGCGGGAAUGGAGGGGUGACGGGAGCCAUGGGGCGAGCGCGGGACUCGGGGAAGAGAAGUGGGGGGCCCCCCUGCUCAUUUCUGCUCCUUCUUCUGCUCAGCUGCGGGGGGGGCCGAGGCAAAUCUCUGCUGGGGGCCGCGGGGGCUCAGGACUUCCAUAUUAAAGUGCAAGUGUAUGAGAACGGGGACCUGUCGCCUUUGGCCUCGGCAGCGGUGGAAAUAUUCGGCAAUCAGAGUUCAUUAGCGUCGGGGGUCACUGAUCAGGAUGGAGUGGCCGUAUUGGGGAUCAGCUACAGACUGGGCACGUGGGUGCUGGUUUCGGCCACCAAGAGAGGCUUCGUCACUAACUCUGUUCCCUGGCGGGUGGACAGACUCCCACUUUAUGCCUCAGUCAGUCUCUACCUGGUACCUGAGCGACCGGCGACUCUCAUUUUAUAUGAAGAUAUUGUACAGAUCCUGCUGGGCUCCCCAGGUGCUCGCAGUCAGCCCUGGGUCCAGUUCCAGAGAAAAGCCGCCCGAUUGCCCCGAUCCUCCACCUACAACCAGCUCACCUCCUCCCUUACCACCGCCAGCACCCGGCACCAGAUGAGAGGAUUCCCAGCAUUCAUCGGGACCGAGCCAGAGAGCGCCAAUGGAGGUAACACAAGUUGGGUGGAGCUUCUCCCGGUGGCGGCGAUCAGUGUCCAUUUGUUCAGCGGCAACGGAUCAGAAGUUCAUCUGUCCGGUCCUGUCCAACUGUCUCUCCCUCUCCCCCCCGAAUCCGGUUUAACCACAUCGAGCAGCGUCCCUGCCUGGAGAUACGAGCCUAAAGUUGGUGUUUGGAUCCGCAGUGGGAUGGGAUUGGUGAGGAGAGAUGGGCAGCAGCUUUACUGGUCUUUUGUGUCGCCCAAACUUGGAUACUGGGCAGCGGCAAUUCCUUCUUCUGGGCGAGGCAUGUUGUCCUUAAUGAGCGGAGUGGACAUUGCUGGAUAUCACACAAUCUUCCUGCUCUCCAUUCUGGGAGCUUUGACUCUGCUGGUGCUCAUCCUGCUCUGCCUCCUGAUCUAUUACUGCAGGCGACGAUGUUUGAAACCGAGGCAACAGCACCACAAACUACAACUUUCGGGUCUGUCAGAACCCAAACGGGACCAGGCGACCUCCACUUCCCGUCUUAACCUCAUCAGCACCAGCCACUUGGAUUCUACAUCCACAGCCGACAGUGACCUACGUACUCCAGUUCUGAGAUCUGCCUUCUCGUCCCGAGAGGACUUCUGCAAAUCUGGAGGUCGCUCUUCAUUUCAGCAUUCGGCCGACACGCUUCCUCUGAGGCCUGGCUCUAGAGAUGAAUAUCCGUUAAAGUCUGCCCGUUCUGGAGACUUGUUGGAGUCAGAAGAUUCUAAAAGAGGCUAUGGUACAGGUGGCAAGGGGCAGCAGAGAAGACGAGGGGGCAGAGGAGGGGUUCGAGAUCCACCUCCAUCACCUCCUCCACUUCCUCCUCCCUUUAAACAUGUCAUAGGGGAUUCAAAGCCUCCAGAUUAUCUGAUGACACAGUCAGCAGAUCCCCUUUCACGACCUACCUCCCUUACACAACCCGGGCAGUUUAUAUUUUGUGGAUCCAUUGACCAUAUGAAGGAGGGUAGCUAUCGACACGCCAUGCCCACAUUAGUGAUCCCAGCUCAUUACAUGAGGUUGUCUUCUGAAGAGAAUCAAGGCGGGCAAGGAGAAGAACAGUCUGAGAGCGAGUCUGGUUCCACUCAGGUCUCUCACGCCCACCACUUUGCUCCACAAGACCAUGCCCAACGACAACAACUUCUUCAACAAGGCCACGGUUAUCAGCAGGGGGCAACUGCUUCCUCACAAGAUCAAGAGGGUAAAGGCUGGGGAAAUCAUGGCUCAGUUACCAUUCCAGUGGUCUUCAACGAGUCCACCAUGGCUCAGCUGAAUGGAGAGCUUCAAGCUUUGACAGAAAAGAAACUAUUGGAACUUGGGGUCAAACCUCACCCAAGGGCUUGGUUUGUGUCUCUGGAUGGGCGUUCCAAUGCCCAGGUGCGCCACUCAUACAUUGACUUGCAGGCUGGAGACAAGACUCGCAGCAAUGAUGCCAGUUUGGACUCGGGCGUAGAUGUCAAUGAGAUUAAAGUGAAGCUGGGUCCGGAGGAAAGAAGUGGAAAAGCACAACUUCAGCCCUCUAAUCUAACCUAUUCCAAGUUGGUCUUUGCAGAGGAAGGGGAGCAGAGCCUGAGUGAAAGUCGGACCGGGGGUGGCUGUUCACCUGAAGACAGCUCUCUCACUCCACUUCUGGAUGAAGGCUCAGAGACCUGCCUUCCCAUGAGCAGGAGGGGACGAAGCCGGGGUGACAGUUCCCGUAGCAGCACCAGUGAGUUACGAAGGGAUUCAAUGACUAGCCCAGAUGAGGACCUCAACGAUCAGUCAGAAGGUGGCGAUGACCAAGAUAAGAAGAGUCCUUGGCAGAAACGAGAAGAGAGGCCACUAAUGGUGUUUAAUGUGAAAUAAGACAUAUAAUAACAUUCUGGAUUUCCAUGUUGUGUAAAGAACACUGAACCCCAAAAGACUAUAGAAAGGGGUUGUCCCCUGUAACUGAAGAGACUGGUUGGUGUCCUUAACUCCUCUCCUUGCUGGUGGGAGAUGCAGCUCCAGUACUGGAGAGCUUCAGUGUCUACGGUCAGGAGGCCAGUGUAAGACUGUACCACAGGCAAGUAGAGAUUUCAUGUUCUAUACCCACAGAUUUACGGGAUCAGACACCAUGAAGCCCAACACGUCAUUGUAGAAGAAGAUUGUCAUUCCUUCUGCUGGGAGUCUGUGAAGCCAAGGCUGAGACCCUCAGUAGGCCUGAACCCUCAUGGAGACACUUGCUGAGGCUGGACAUGGAGCUUCAGACUUUUGUAUAACCCAAGGCAGAUAGGAAUUUGGGGGGGGGGUUAGUGGCCUUUGGGGUGAACCUGGCUCUUCGUUGCAGUGCAUUUUUGGCCAAUUACAUGCAGCAUCUAACUGUAUGACCCAUGCAUUGUGGUGCUUGUAUUUCAUUUGUGGGAUGUCUAGAAGUGAUCACUUGCAACACAAUCUGAACUCUUGAUGUGACCCUGUUAGGCCAUAUUUGUAUUGUGACCUAUGACACCUGUAUUUUAAUCCCACAGCACCAGGCUACAGUGGAGAUUCGUAUAGACAAAGCAGUACAAGAGCAGGUAGGGAUCCUCUAGUUGUCAUUGCUUCAGAGAGAUAUUGGGGUGCAGCUGUUCUUCAGUUCUAUUCUAUUAAUGCGCUACUGCAUUAGCAGUCUGGGAGCAGUGUAUUAUGGGUGUUGAUUUGGUUCUGCUCAUUCAUAGGAUGUUCUCUAACCCUUUGCUCUGGGCUGAAGUAGGUCCAUAUUGAUGUUUAAAGCUGAUGCAUCAACCUUCAGGUGAGUUCCUUCCCAUGAAAGUAGCACAAAAGGGCCUAGUUGUCAUUUGUGGACUCAGAUUUGGUACAAAUUAUUAAUAAAAAAGUGAAACAA